CAAACACCACUACCAAUUUCAUUCAAUAUGCACGUCUCGUCGCUCCUUGUAGCUCUCGCGGCCACCGCGUCAGCCAUCGACAUCAGGGCUCACACUGGCGAUAACUGCGCCGGGGGCUCGGUUGCCUGCACGGGCAUCAACCCUAACGUAUGCUGCUCGUUCAGCAGCUCGGCAAGCAGCGGCAGGUCGAGCAUUGCUGUGGUUGCCAUCCCGAGUAACUGGCGCAUCCGCUGUGAGGCGUACACGGGCGGCGGCUGCUCCUUCUUCGGGGGUCAGCGCGACUCGGGCGGUAGCACGAGCGUCUGUCUGCCCUACACGACGCGUGGAGAUCGUACGGGGGGCAAGUACUGGUUCCUCAACCGCAAGCGCGCCGUCGACGAGUCGUGCCUCGCUGAGCAGCCCAAUGCCGGGGAAUGCGAGGCCUUCGUCAAGCCCGAUACUCUCGGUCUCGCAGACGGCACGGACUAUGACAUCACCGGCCUAACGGAUGAAAAGGUUCAGGAGUUUGAGAACAUUGCCAACACCGGCGCAGGUGCCGACGCGGUACCCGCCGAGUUCCAGAGUCUACGCAAGACAGAGGCCUAA